GAACAAAAUCAAUGUUCAUAUAUGAACUGAACAAAAUACAGUCCAAAAAAAGUACUUGAAAUUCCUGUGUUUUCUUAGGUAUUGUCUAGGUGUUUUCCCUUGAAUACAAGAUAAACAGAUUACAGUUCCACUGGUCAUUUUUUCCAGCUAACCGAGGAAUGGCUGCUCGAAAUAUCGUUACAUGCGUACUUAAUUCCCAGCGAUCGUUAUGCAACAUAUGCUGCUACACUCCUAUUGUAACACGAAGAACUUACAGAAACAGACCAAGUCAUAACAUUGGAAGAGUACACGGACUUGUAAUAAAAGAUAAACCAAUUGAAACCAAAGGACUUGGGGUAUGGAAACCAAAGGACAUAGAAGCCUCAAAGCCAACAAAUUUCAACACUUUAAAUUUCGUAGUGUCGGGUUAUGACAUGGUGCUGGUUGAAAAUUUUGCUACAUACGUUCACAGAUUAAUGAUAAAAUUCAAGCAAAAUGUAACUGAAACGUAUGCCAUUCCAACAACCAGUACAAGUGUAAAGAAAAUGGGCAAAAAUGCUUCUGCAGAUGUUGAACAAAUGGACACAGACAUUGUACUUAACAACCACCAGCGUGUGGUACAGGUUAAAGACUUGCCAUCUACCUUAGCACCUAUGUUACUUCAGCAGCUAAUGCACACAGUUCCUCAGUCGGUGUCUUUUUCAGUGAAACAGUACACUGAAGAAGACUUGAAUAUGCGAUAUCAACAAAGAAUUGAAAUAGAACGAGAAAAGGCGGAACUGCAAGCAUUGCUGGACUCUCGAUAAUCUUUUUAUAAAUUUUUAUUUGUACUUUGCUAAAACAUUUGUGUUUCGCACUUUGAAUGGUCAUAAUAAAUUCAUUGCACAGCGAAA